AUGUCGUGCCGCUGUGUUCAAGUCGCGCGGGGCCGCCACGGCCCGCAACGGACGGCCGAGGAGGAGGAGGGGUCGCAGGGGGAGGACGGGAGCGAGUUCGAGGGUGGAGAUGAGUGGGAGGAGGAGGCCGGGGACGACGAUUUCGAUCCUGCGUCGACCUACAGGGUCGCGCUCGACGUCUCGGAGGACGGCGGCGUCGGGGUCGACAUGCGCACGUACGCGGAGUACGCGGAAGCAGUCGAGAUGGAGGCACUCACGAACCGCAAGCUCGAGUAUCUAGAGAGCCUCUGGGCGCUCGAGGAGGACGCGGAGGACGAGUACGCGUUCGAGCGCGCGGACGACGACGAGGCGGAGGCGUCCGGCGACGGCAGCGACGGCGUCUCGUUCGAAGCGCGCCACACGGCGGCGUCGCCCGCGCCCGUCCGCCGGCCGGUGUCCUCCCGGACGCGCGCGCGCACCGAGCGCGCCGCGCAGCUCGCCGCGCGGCUCGAGCAGGAGCAGGCCGGGCGCGCGAUGGCGGCGCUCAAGAUCCAGCAGGAGCGCGCUGCCGACCUGCGGCAGAAGCUCGACGACGGCACGGACGCGGUGCGGGCGCUCGAGGGGCGGAUCGCGGCGAUGCAGGACAAGGCCGCGGAGUGCGAGCGGCUGCCGGUGAUCCCCGUGGUCAGGCUGAAUCGGAUCAACCAUGAGAUUGGGACCGCGCUGGAUGAUCUGCAAGAGAAGAUUCGGAGCGUGCAGGAGCUGCAGGAGGAGCACUACGAGGCGGUGCUGGAGCGGUCGCGCAUGGAGGCGGCGCUGGCGCGCGUGAUCGAGCUCGGCGCGGAGGAGGGCGGGGCGCUGGAGGGCGUGACGAUGGGGCGGGUGCGCGGGGCGCAGGGGGCGGGCGAGGUGGGCGGGACGAUGCUGGACGUGACGCGGAACAUCGCGCGGAUGGAGCGGAAGGGCGCGGAGCUGUACCAGACGCGGCGGGACCACAACGCGGAGCUGCGGCGGGAGGCGGAGAGGGAGGCCGAGGCGGCGCGCAAGCGCGUCGUGCAGGCGGCGCGCGACGGGCGGCUGCGCGCGAUCCUGCGGAUCCGCGAGAAGGCCGCGGUGCUGAACGAGCGGCUCGACGGCGUGAAGGGCCGCGAGCAGAGCGCGCUGGACGCGCGGGCCGCGGCGCUGGUGCAGCUCAAGACGUCGCUGCGCGCCGCGGAGGCGGAGGUGCGGUCGCGGCACAUGGCGCGGGAGCGGCGGCUGCUGGAUCGGAAGCGGCAGGAGGACGCGGAGUUCGAGAGCUUGAAGGACGCGGGGGAGAACCCGUACGAGGUGUUUCGGCGACGCAAGAUCCAGCAGCGGCGGGAGCGGCGGCAGCGGCAGCAGCGGCGGAAGCUCGAGAACGCGCAGAUGAAGAUCGCGGAGAUGCUGCUCAAGGAGCAGACCGUGCUCAAGAAGCGAGCGGACGCCGCGCGGCGCGAGCGCGAGUACAAGGAGAAGUACAACCGCGAGAUGGGCGUGGCCGCGGUCGACGAGCGCAUGCGCCGCUGGAUGAUCCGCAAGACCAAGGACGGGCUCCCCCUGCUCAACCCCACUGGCCACGCGCCGUUCUACCCCUCGGACGCCAUGACGGUCCGGGACUGGAAGUUCGGGACCGGCCGCGCGUCGUUCGAGCAGAUCCGCGCUAUGCAGGCGCGGUACCGCCAGAUCUCGAUCGUCAACGAGCUCGUCCCGCAGAAAUACCGCCCUCCCGCGCCCAACGACUUUUAUACCAUCGAAUUCAAGGACGACUCGGGGGACUCGGACGGGUCCGCGGACGUGCACGCGGUGCCGGAGUACCCCGCGGUGUGGAGCGAGGAGGGCAAGGACCCGAGCGCGGGCCGCCUCGGCGGGCAGAAGCUGAGCAAGGCGGAGCGCAAGCGCAUGCAGGAGCUGCGCGAGAAGCAGCGCGCGGCGAUCGUGAAGCCGCAGGUGGUCAUGGGGCGCGAGUUCAAGGGCGCGGCGUUCCUGCCGUCCCCGCGCGAGGUCGUGUUCGAGGACUUCGACGUUGGCAAGACCUACUCGCGCCGCGUGGUGCUCACGAACGUGUCGUGGGCGCAGUCGUCGUUCAAGGUCCUCGACAUGCCGAACGACGUGUACCAGUACUUCUCCCUGCGCUACAAGCCCCCCGGGUACAUGAGCGCGGGCAUGACGUGCUCGGUGGAGAUCACAUUCCAGCCGCUGCUGAACCGGGACAUCGACACGCACAUCCCGCUGCUGGGCGAGACGGGCCCGUUCCAGAUCCCCGUGCGGUGCCGGCGCAAGAAGGCGAUGAUGCUGCUGUCGCCGGACACGCUGUCGUUCCCGGGGCUGGCGCUCGGCGCGUCGGAGACGAGGAAGGUGGUGAUCAAGAACAAGGGCGCGCUGCCGGUGGACUUCAUCAUCGAGGUCGCGGAGUCGCACCUCGAGGUCCACAAGCCCGAGCACGGCGACGCCGCGGGCGACAAUGACAACGACAACGACGACCCCGAAGCCGCGCGCAGUCAACGACCCUCCGAGGCCGGCAGCGCGCGCAGCGCGCGGAGCGCGCGCGCGGCGCGGAACUCCUCGGGCGCGCUGGACUUCGCGCGCUCGACGGGCGGCAAGUCCCGCGCCGGCAUCGAGCCGACGCUGAGCGUAAAGAUGUCGCGUAACCAAGCGCGACUCGCGGACAUGGGGCUGACGUGUUCGGUGCUGUCGGGGUCGAUCAAGCCGUACGGCGGGCACGCGGUGACGUUCACGUACGCGCCGGAGCAGGUCUCGGACUUCUCGUCGCUGCUCCGCCUGCGCUUCGUUUCGCCGGACUUCCCGAAGCAGGAGGUGCCGUCUCUGGACCUGCGCGUGAACGGGUCGGUGCGGCCGAACCCCGUGAGCGUCGACCACGAGGUCAUCGACUACCGCUGCAUGGUCUACGGCCAGGCGUACACCGCGCAGCUGGUCGUUCGCAACAGCGGAAACAGCGCCAUGAAGUGUCUCGUGGUGCGGCCGCACGAGCUCAACGGGAUCCUGGAGGUGUCGCCCGCGGUCGGGUUCGUCCAGGCGGGCGAGACCUUCAACUUCACGCUCAAGCUGCGGCCCCAGGUGGGCAUGGUGGAGCGCCUCGUCGCCGCCGACAUGGCGGAGCCGAUGGGGGACGGCCCCGACUGCCAGCUGCGGCUGCCGCUCAAGCUGUCGGCGCCGCAGCAGCCGCUGCCGGUGCCGUUCACGAUCGAGGGCAUGUGCACCACGUCGGACGUGGCAAUAGACCCCCCCGUGCUGGACUUUGGACAGUGCUACACUGGGGAGUCCGCGGGGCUGCGCGUGAAGCUGACGAACCUGUCGCGGCUGCCGCAGAAGUUCGGCUUCAUCCGGCUGCGCCCCGGCGUGACCGUCUCCCCGGGCAACGGCUUCGGCACGCUGCUCCCGUUUGCCAGCGCGGAGGUGACGGUGGCGUUCCGCCCGACGCUGCAGGGCCUGCACGAGUUCACGACGGACAUGCGGACGCUCCUCGGCCGCACGUUCGCGAUCGAGUGCCGCGCGAAGGCCGAGGUGCCCCCGCUCGAGUUUUCCAGCAACCACCUCGUGCUGGCGACGUCGGAGAUCGGGCGGCGGACGCGGGCGUCGGUGCUGCUGCGGAACGUGUCGCGGACGCCGCAGCGGUACCAGAUGGCGAUGCCGGCGGCGUGGAACCUCAAGGCGAGCCCGAACGUGGGGAUGCUGAAGGCGGGGGAGUCCAUGCGCAUCGAGGUGGAAUACACCCCCCUGGCGGAGCACUUCGAGGGGGGCGAGGCGGCCGCGGAGGGCAAGCCGGCGGCGGCCGCGGAGGACGACGCCCCGCAGGACGGCGACGGCGAGAAGCCGGCCGAGGCGCCCGCCGACGGCAGCGGCGGCGACGGCGGCGACGGCGCGGACAAGGGCGACGCGCUGGCGGCGCGGCAGGCGCCCGUGCGCAUCCAGAGCAUGGCCAAGAUCCCGGACCGUCACCUGUGGAACCGCAGGCAGUCGUUCACGAUCCCCUGCUUCAUUUAUACCCGCGUGCGGAAGUCUGACAAGAAGAAGGGCCGCGGGGGGGUCCCGCCCGCGAUCCACCUCCAGGUGGACGUGUCGUGCAAGCAGCCCGAGCUGCUCGUCGACAAGUCCCUGCCCUUCAACGCCGAGCUCGGGUACCACGAGAUGCGUUUCGGGCAGGUCCCGCUCGGCGAGCGCGUCGUCAAGAGCAUGCAGGUGCUCAACAUGGGCACUGCGGAGGCCAGCCUGCUCGCGUCGCCGCUCGGGCCGGAGGAGACGUUCAGCCUGGUGAACGCGCUCCGCCCGCUCGAGGCCGGCAUGGGCCGCUUCCUGCUCAUCUCGUACAAGCCCACGCAGCGCGGGCGGCAUCGCGAGGUGCUGACCCUGUCGACGGAGCGCUCGCACGUGCGCGUGGCGCUGAUCGGGGAGGGCGUGACGCCGACGUUCGAGGUCGACAAGGACUUCGUCGACCUCGGCGACGUCUUCAAGGGCGAGGCCAGCACUCGGCAUUUCACAAUCACCAACACCUCGGAUUUCCCUAUGAAGUACCGGCUCCUGCUGGGCAAGGGCGCGCACACCAACGUCGGCGGGUCCCCCGUCUUCGUCGUCAAGCCCUCCGAGGGCACCAUCCAGGCCUCGGGCAGCCAGCAGGUCGAAGUCAACUUCCUGCCCGACCACGAGUACCUCUAUUUCGAGAACAAGCUGCGCGUAGAGGUGCCCAACCAGGACCGCGACGACGACGUGUCCGUCAUGCUCUACGGCCGCUGCUGGGAGAAGGGCAUGUACAUCGUCGGCCACGACCGCGAGGUCGUCGCGGAAGACCCUUUCAAGUAUAAACAACUGUCGAAAUUCGAGGGGUUGCGGCCCGCGAUCAACCUGCAGCUCACGCUGCCCAAGGACGUGACGCCCGGGGAGUCCGGCGAGGCGCAGCUCGAGGUCGGGAACCUCCAGGCGCACGCUGGGAGCGCCCCCGGGGAGUUUGUGGUUAUGGACAUGGACGCGGCGGCGAUCGGCGUGGGGUGGUCGGUGUCGCCGACGCGGGACACGGUGAUGCCGGGGUCGCGGCGGAUCAUCAAGUUCACGUUCAACUGCCCCGAGGACCCCAGCAAGCUCAAUUUGGCCUACAUGGAGAUGGGCGGGUGGAUUGACACGCACGUGGACGUGUGCCUGAAGGGGGGGUAUCCGCCGCCGCCGGACGAGCAGGGCACGAUGUACCGCGUCAAGAUCAAGGCGAACAUCAAGCCGAAGGCCGCGAAGCGCCGCCAGAAGAAGGAGAUUCGGUUCACGAUGCGCUGA